AUCCAGGAUGCUUUGGGGCGGAUGAGUAGAGGGGGCAGAUAGAGCGAGUCAGAGAGGGCGAGUUUGAUAUCGGAAGGGGACGAAGGAACCACUGAUCCUUUUUCUCUUUGCAUUUCACCUUUUCGGGGGAAGAAGAAGAAGACGUGUGGAAACUGGAGGAAAAAAAAAAGGAUAUGAAAAGAACAUGAAAGAAAGAAAUCGUCAUUAACUCACUACGAAGUUCUUUCUUUCCCUCUCCUCCUCCAUCUUGCAACUCUCUCAGUUUAAUCUUAAAUCCACUCCAAAGUCCCCAGAGGGACAAUUCUCUAUUUUUCUUGAGAGACGGAAGGAGAGGGGUCCAUUCCUCCUGGUAGAGUGACACCAGGAAUUUCCUCUCUCUCCCUGUGCUACUCCUCCCCCCAGCCCCACCCCCACCCACCCCACCUCCCACCAUGACGCUGCUGGCCUCCGAGAGGUCUCUUCUCAUCCGGAACAAGUUCCGCUCAGUCCUGCAGUUGAGGAUUCAGAACCGAAGGCAGAGUGAAAUCAAUGCAGACACUGGGGUGAAGUCUGAGUGCUUCCCUAAAAAAGCAGAGAAAGAGCAGAGCGAAGCUCCGCAUCGAACCGACGGUGGCGCCGCUCAGAAGUUGCCCCCUUGUGGUCUCAACACCGACACUGCACAAGAGAGGACUGUGUGUGGGGCCCAGAGGCAGAAGACGUCUCGCCAGACGCAGGACCUCACUGAGAGGAUCCAACGUCCACCUGGGCCCGUGAAGUACAAACACACACUGCCCCUAGAGAACUGCCCUGCCUCUUUCUCUCUGUCUGCUGAUGUCUUCGAAGAUGACAUUUCAUCCUGCCCCUCCUCCUCGCCCCCCGAGCAACACAGCGCUCACCAAUCCCCAGAUUUUACGUCAUUGCCGGGGCUCUCAGGUGACCAAUUACUGAGUGACUUCUCGGCUGUGGGCUCGUCCCUUCACCACAGCCCUCGUCAUGCUCAGUCUAGUUUGGCGUUGCUCCCGGCAACCGAGGGCAUCAGACAAUCUGUGAGUGAAUCGAACUCCAUGGCAACAACUGGGAGACCAAAUGGGAUGUAUUUGACCUCUCAGACCACAACCCUGCUGCCAAAGACAGCAAGGCCUCACAGCCCAACCUGCUCCUCCUCAUUACCUUCCUCCAUCAACUUCAAGCCACGGAAACCCCGGGACACCAAACCCAAAAUGAGGAAACUCAAAUAUCACCAGUACAUUCCUCCUGACCAGAGAGGAGGGUCUGGGACUGGAGGGGGAGGCAAACAGAAGAGUCCUACCCAGUCUUUAGACCCAGCCUAUUCCCAUCUCCUGAAGCAGCAGCAGGUCUUCCUCCAGCUGCAAAUCCACCAGAACCAGCAACAACAACUACAACAGCAACAGCAACAACAACAACAACAACAACAACAACAACUCACUGCUCCCAGUGGAGAACAUAAUGAUCUUCCGUCCUCUGGAGCCACGCCCCUUAAUCCCCAACCUGUUCCCGCCACCGCAAACCACAACGCGCCAGACGCAAACCCCGCGUCCAAGCUUGAGAUUCUCCCCGCGAAUCUCGUUGAUCUAACGGUGUCAGAGUUGCGACAGCAGCUGCGAAAGCGUGGCCUCCCGGUCUCCGGCACGAAGCCCGCCCUGUUGCAGCGCCUCCGCCCGUUCCAGCUGACCCACUCCUGCCUCGCCCCCCUCUGCCAGCCGGGGACCGGCCUGGAGCCGCUCACCCCGGGCCCCGCGCCGCCACCGGGCCAGAGCCCCGGCUCCAGCUCCAGCUCUGGGCGAGACUCGCCCGGCAGCAGCCCGACCCAACAGAUGUACACCCCGGACAGGGGAGUUCCCACUGGGGUUCUCAGUGACGCCCAGAAGGGAAUCCUGAGCGGCGCGACCAACGGUUUCUCCAAUGCCGUGCCAGUCAGUUUGGCUGGCGAACAGUGUCUCUCCAACGCGGCCUUCCCGGGCCCUGCCAGCAACGCCUCAGGAACGCCCAGUCCCAGUCUGCCCAUGUCGUCGUCCUCCCCCCUGCAGUGCGGGGCUCCCUGGAGGACUGAGAACCAGCAGCAGCAGCAGCAGCAGCAGCAGAGGCCCAGGGACCACCCCGCCAGCACCGGCAACGAGUCUUGUGGAGGAUCCCUUCAUCCGUUCUUGCAACAGGAUCCUGGAUGCUCCAGACGGAAACCAGAAACGGACAUGCAGACCGAGGUGUUGUUUACACAGGUGUUUUGCUGCCAACCGUGUGAUACGAUUGGCCAGGAUUUUGAGCUGCCAGUGCAGAUUACAGCAAGUCCAGUUCAGACGUUGUCCUGCGUUCGCAGCUUGGAGGAAGAACUGCAGGAGGCCAUCCAGAAAGCACAGAUGGACCCUCGGCAAUCCAUAGAUGACAUCCUGGAUGAGCCCAUGACUUGUGUUCGCUCUGUGAACGUCUGCGAUCAUAAAUCCCCACCCCACUCAGUCCCCGGCCCCUCGCCUCCUCCUUCUCAUGGCGACCAGUCCCAGCUCUCCCAGCUGCACAAGGACGGCUUCCUUCCCUCGCCUCUGUGCUCCUCUCUCCUGCUGGAGCUCCCUCCAUCUCCUGCAGUGAUAAACCCCAACCAUGCCAUCGCUGCUCCUCCACCACCACCACCACCCAUCUGUACUUCCCCUCUGCCGUCCAGCGGGAAGUCGCGCAAGCGCCGGGCUCCGACGGCGUUCGACGCCGCCGACUGGCUCGAAACCCUCUCGUCGGGCCUCCGCCCUCUCACUCCGCCGGCAGCUCCGUUUGUUGGGUCGGACUUCAGUCUGGAUUCAGAUCUGAAUGUCAGUCGAGUGUUGGAUCUGAUGAUAGAGAAGUGGUGAGGAUUUGUGCGCGCGCGUUGUUUGUAUGCACAGUAGGUUUGUGUUUCUUGAAGGUCACGCAUGGGGCACACGCGCGUCCCACUGAGGGAACAAUAUUGUGAACAGCGGCCCUCCGUCCGUCCGCCCUUGCAAGGCCGCCAGAGUCACCGGCUCCACGCAAUGUCGAGAGCGGGGGAACAGAUUAAACGCGGCGUUGCCGGGGCGACGGGAGCACAAACGCACACACGCAGACGCCACAGAACGCGGUUUAAAGGCACUUGGGAUCAGCAGGAAAUGGAAAACAAGCAACACAUCUGAGGAUUGACACACUCCACAGCAGAAUGUUUGCAGUGCGAAACAAAAGGAAACCUGCCGGCACAUUCAUUUAAACACACUUUCCCGGGUUGCGCCGGGAGAAUGUUGUUUUCUGACUUAUCUCCAAGACCCGUUGUCGGAUUGGGUUGAGUGUGGCCCCUGGUGUUGACUCAGUCAUUGAGUCCUAGCCAUUCAUAAAGCCUAUUUAGAGUGUGUAAAAGCCAGAGAGAGCACACAGCUUGCGUGUGGCUCCAGACCUUCACCCCGAUGCCAGACACACAGUCGGCAUGCAGAGGGAGAAAGCUGGCAGAAGUUGCAAACGAGCAGUGUGUGCGAGUGCGCGUGUGGACGUGCGUGUCGGUGAGCGAAAGCUUGUGUUUUGUGUGAAGUAUGUGUGUGUGCGUUCAAUAUGUCUGACUGUGUGUGUCUAAGCACACAAGGCUGCUUCUGUUUGCACGUGUCAACAGCCAACUGCUUCCAUGUAUAUUUAUUAGCAUUUAUGCCAAAUGCACUUGUAGUUUUUUGUUUGCUUGCAAUUAAGUGUGCGUGUUUGUGUGUCUGUGUGUGGUAUGUUUGAACUGUGAAAGGAUGCAUGUGAAAGAUACAGAAAAAAAGCUGUGGAUCGGUGUGUCCACAUCUGAGACCAGACAUUUCAUUGGAGGCUCAUUGCCAACUCAGCGUAGUUAUCCGGUGUAAUCAUCACAACAGCCACAUUACCUUGUUCAAGUCACCGUUCUCCAGGAGAGCAAUCAGCCAACCGCCCCAAAAAUAGUCCGCAUAUAAAUGCUCCAAUCAGAGAAGUUAGUUUUCCUCAUCGCUUUGCAAAGACAGGUGGUCAUUUUGUUCUCUGAUUAGCCCCCAACCGUGUCUGGCCCGCUGCACGGUGCUUACGCUGCUACUGGCGAAGCCAGAUUUGGCACAAUUUAUGACCCAAGCCCGAGGCCACACUUGUUCACCUGUAAAUUAAUUCCACACGUGUAUCAUUUGACAUUGUUAAAUAUUUGCUGUAUAUUCCGAUAUACAAAACGACCAUUUUAUUAAGAGAAAAUGCACUGUAGAGUUAGCAUGGAAUAAUAUUUGUGGAGAAUAGGAAGCAUGAGCAGAGGAGAGCUCGUCUGUUGAAGCUGCUGCGGUGAUUACUGCACAUUUUCUUGACGGUGACAAAGAUCUUACUUUUAUACUCUACAUGAUUAACUGGCCUUGCAAAAACUGAGCACAUUAUUUGUUUGCAUAAUACACUUUCAUGGAGUUAUGAACCUUUCUUGACCCCACUUAACAUAAUGACAUUAGUGAGGAAAAAAUUAGCCAGUUAGCAGAGGUUAGCUAGCGUUAACCCGCCGUAUCACAUAAAGGUAAUUUAGAUCACAUCUACAUUAAGUUAUAUUCUGCCCUUUAAGUAACUGUAUAUUCAACCAAUCAUUCAUAUCUGAAAAGUGUGUAUAAUCUGACAACUAAUUGGAUGUCCUUCUGUAGGGACACUUUAUUGUGAUAAAAAAAACCCUCAGCUUUUCUUCCCUCCUCAUUCUUAAAAGUAUUGUGUGAGAAUAAAAGUGAAGUGCUGAGUGCAAUAUGAAUGUGUAAAGGGCACAUCGCUUGGUCCGUCUGAAGUCAUCAUGUCAUAUGUUUGUACGCCAUUAUUUCAGUGUUGUUGCCAGUUGCCUUGUUCUAAUGAUAAACUGGUGUCUUACUACGCAAGACAACUUUGGUAAAUUAUUGGAAGAAGAUAUCUGUGCACAGUUAAACCUUCAACACACGGCUUUAUGUUGAAGCACUUCUUGUACAGCUUUUACUACAGAGACUAUGAAAAAUGCAGUUCAAUGUGGAAUGAUGGCUAUGAUAAUUAUAGAUAUCAAGAAACAUUGCCUGCUGCAUGAACUAAAAAAAAAGGUUGAUUGGCAGGAGAGUAAGAUGCUACCUCCUGUGACUUCCAAUGCUUCAGGGCCAACCUCAGUUUUUACUUGUUUCUUAUUUUAUUUAACACUGGUGCGGAAGUUCCUGGAAGACCCCUGAGAUGGUUUCACUGGUUUGACUGUUUUAAACUGGGCUUGAGACGGUCCCGACCUGGAUUUGGGGCUCGUUAGGACACGAGUAGAAACACUGAGUUGUCUCACUUCUGCUGCUAUUAAUGCCUUAUUGUAAAAAGGGGAAAUAAAAUGUGUGUGCUUUUAUUUAUUAUGUAACUUAUUCAUGCAAAAUAUAUGAACCAUUGUCCAAAAAUGUAUUUAAAAGCAUUAAGAAAAUUAAAGUCUUAAUAGAUUU